AUGCUGUUAGCAAGCUGUAGGCCGCAGGUGUAUAUUGCCCUUUUUGUUUGUCUUGUCAUUAAGGCUUUUCAUCUGGAAUUGGUUUCUAGUUUGACUACCACUGUUUUUAUUUCUGCCUUGAAGAGAUUCAUUGCCAGGAGAAGUAAAUGUCAUCAGAUGAUAAGCGACAAUGUCACUAACUUCGUAGAUGCAGCUGCUGAAAUAAAAACAUUUUUUCGAGACCUCAAGGUACAAGAAUCUGUAAGGGAAUAUGGACUCAGUGAAGGGUUUGAUUGGAAAUUCAUCCCUCCUCGAGCUUCUCAUUUUGGUGGUUUAUGGGAGUCUGGAAUUAAGUCCAUGAAAUCUCAUCUAAAGAAAGUAAUUGGUGAAACUAUUCUAAACUUUAAAGAGUAUUGCACGUUGCUGUCUCAAAUAGAAGCUUGUCUAAACUCAAGGCCAUUGUGUCCCCUUGUUGAUGAUCCACAAUCUUUAGAACCAUUAAUCCCCGGCCAUUUUCUUAUUGGUCGUCCUUUAUGCUCUAUUCCCGAAUCUUCUCUCUUGUUCCUACCUGUUGGUAGACUUCCAGUUGGCAACAUCUUCAACAAAUGA